AUCAUCACCGCCCCAAGCUAGGCCUUCACAAUCUCAGCUCAGAAAGCGCGGGAAAAUUCCCAUACCCAUUUGGCGCCUCUGAAGCCCUAACUAUAAACCUCUCUCUCCCUCUCUCUCUGAUCAGAUCUCUCACAGCUGCAGCAAAACCCCUCAUUUCUCUGUCUCUAUAAAUCCGAAACCAAUCCAAUUUUCAAAACCGUAACGCUGACAAAAAGUGAAAGAAAAUGGACACGGAGGGCUUAUCGGUGAUCUGCGCGGGUCUCGGAAUCGCCGAGGAGGACGAGAACGGCAAUCGAAUUGGCUACAUAAAGGGCGAGUACUGUCUAGAUAAUUUGAAGGAUUUGCUGAGGUUUUUGAGGCGUGAUGAUCCACAAACUCGAGAUGUGUUUAAGCAAGUCUGUAAAUGGAACAUUGUAUCUAAAGAUUUGAUACCUAUUAUUGAACUCUGCCAAGAUGAUUCUAGUUUGGUUCUAAAUGCAGUGAAAGUUUUGGUGUUCCUUGGCAUGCCUAUUGAGCCUACAUCAAAUGAUAUUUCACAACAGAUAGAAUAUCUAUGGGGGUUGAAGGCUUCAAUUACAUGUAGUGACGUUAUUGCAGUGAUAGUAUCGCUUCUAGAAAGCCCACUGGAAAAUUUGGAACGUGAAACAUUCACAGAGGAUGACUGGAAAUUGAUGCAGUUGGUGCUUACGUUAUUUCGAAAUAUUCUAGCUAUUCAAGAAAUCUCAUUGCAGCAGAAGGCUGGGGGGUCUGCUAGUCAAUUUUUAUUGCUGAGAGAUAGAUUUCUUGAACUUUUAUUUCACGAGAAUGUAAUGGACUUAAUUUUAGUCAUAACUCAGCAUCUUGGUGGUUCUUGUGGCUAUCUCCAUCAGGAUAACUUACUUUUGCUGGAGAUUUUCCAUUACAUUUUUAUGGGUCAAGAGCCAGAGUUGAUUGCCAAGGCACAUCUGAAGGGUUUUAAGGUGGAUGAAGACAACAAAGCUUCUCUGGGUAGUCUCAAGUCCAUUAUGGAGGAAGAAGAGAAAAGAAGGCGUUCUAGACUAUUGAAUAUGGGUCGGCAUUCACAGUUUAUUGGGACGUUUACACGGCUUAAGAUGGAUGGUUCAAAGGCAGUACUAAAGGGGAACCCGGCUUCUGCAUCUCAAGAUACCAUGCUUAAGCCACACAAGAUUCCCCGGGGUCCAAUAAAAAGGAUUGCGUGGGAUAUUGGAAGAUUACCUUCAACAGAGGAUAAAGUUUUGAAGUUGCUUCAUGGUUUUGUGAGCCAGUUUCUAUCAGGGGGUUACAAUGUUCUAAUGCAGUCAAUUCGUGAGGAUAUUGGAAAGGAAAGCCAUGCAAUUCAGAAGAGUGAUAUCAUUGUUUUCUUUCAAGUUGCUCAGUUUGUCACUUCCUUUCAAUAUCACAAGUUUUUGAAUUCUCAGCCAAAUGUGGGGGCAGACAUUUCUGAAGCUUUUGUUGAUAAAGAUGCUAACAGCAUAAUUUUUAGAGGUGAUAUAUGUGGACCAAUCACUGAAUCGAUGAAUGAAUCAAUGUUCCAACUAGUCAUUUUAAAGUGGCGUGAUGCAUUUGAUGGGUUGAAGGAAACACAUGACUACAAAUUCCUCUCUGCAGCUGGUUCUCUUAUGAAAACUAUGAUUUGCAUGCUAGAUUUGGUGCUUAAGUUAUCGCCAGACAACUCCAAGGAAUCUCACACAGUGCGCAUCCUUCUUUACAAGUUAUUUUAUGAUCAGACAGAUCACGGGAUUACUCAGUUCCUCUUAAACUUGAUCAAAAUGUUUGACACUCACAAACAACCAAAAAGUGAUCUUGCAGAUUUGGUAGAGAUAAUUCAUAGUAUUGUGCAGCUCAUGGAGAACCUUCAAGAACGUGGAACAUUGAGGGUUUCUAGAAAGUCAAGGAGAAAGAGAAAGAAGUCGUUGAGCAACAAGGAAGCGGAAAAUGGACUUCUGGGAGAUCAUGUUACCAUUCAGAAUGAGAUUGGCAUCUCUAAUGGUGAGCAAUCAGUGGAUAUGAGCAUCGGCCAGAAGGGAAGUCCAACAAAUACAAAUUCUAAUGGGAAAGAAAACAUUGUUGGCCCUUCACAGGCUGAUGAAUCUGAAAUAUCUGUGUCGGAGUCAGGGAACCUUAAAGGCAGUAUGUUACAGAUGGGUAACAAAAGUGCUGAUCAUGCUAAUGAUGAUCUCUGUUAUGGCACUGGUGAUUCUUCCGGUGAGGAGCGGCUAGAUUCAACUGAUGAAGUUGAUUUUAGAGUGUCCACUUUGAUUUCUGCUUUUGCAAGAGACAACAUUAUUCAUAAAUUGUGUUGGCUGCUUAAGUUUUAUAAGAGCAAUUCCACCAGUACAAAUCACUACAUAAUAUGCAUGUUGCGGAGGAUUACUGAUGACUUGGAGCUCUCUUCAAUGCUUUAUCAGUUAUCAAUCCUCACCACGUUCCAAAGUAUCCUGGUUGAGCAGAACUCAUGUCCAUCAAAAGAAUAUGAAAAUAUUGUUGAUUUCUUAACGAGUUUGGUGAGAAGGAUGCUAAGAAAAAUGAAAAGCCAACCCCUUCUUUUUGUGGAAGUUCUCUUUUGGAAGACCCGCAAAGAAUGCCAUUAUAUUAAUGCUGAAUAUUUAGUGCAUGAGUUAGGUUCUUUGAAGAAAGAAAGUAGAAACUGGGAAAAUAUUUCCAUGAGUGGAGAAAUUGGUUCAUCACAGGCCAAGGAAUGGACCCGAAGAAACAUAGCAGAUGCACUUGGUGAAGAUGAAGCUGAUGUUGUGAUCUCUCAUGAGCAAGGAUAUGAGAAUAUUGAAGAAAAUUCUGGCAAAGAGGAGGGAGGCGUCACAUCCAUUUCAGAGAGUGAUAUUAAUAGAAAAGAAAUUUCUGAUAAUAGGGACCAGUCCAACAAGGAACAUGAAUCUGAAAGGGCCCCUAGAGGAAAGAGAAGACUUUUUCUUAAUGGUGAGAUGGAGACAAAAAUUAAGGAUCUCUAUGAGAAAUUCAAAGAUGAUCAACAUUGUAGUUGUCGAAUUGCGGAAGUUCUAGAUCCUGAUGGUAAAGUUUCACCAGCACAAAUUUCUAAUAAGCUUAGACAGCUAGGACUGAAAGUUGCACCAAGGAAAAAGAUGCGAUAUGUUGAUGAGCAUGAGGGUGAAAAAAAAUCAGCAGAAAGUAUUAGUAAUUGUCAUAACUCGGAUGAUUUAGAAGGAAGUUUGUUGAAUCGACCCUUGCACACAAAGAAAAGAGUCCGAGCCUUUAGUGAAGAUCAGGAAGCUAUGAUCAGAGCUCUAUAUGAGAAAUUCAAAGAGCAUAAGAGAUGCAGCUAUAUGAUUGCAAAAGCAUUGGAUGCAGAUAGUAAAUUCACGGCUGUCCAAGUUUCUCACAAACUUAAGCAACUUGGUCUAUGUGUUCCUCAACAUAGGAGAUUUGAAGCUAACAUGCAUCUGAGGGAUGAGAAUCUUAAUGACUCCUUUACAGACGAAGCUCAUGAUUCUGAUGAUGAAACAUUGUUAUCGUUAAUGAAUAGGAAAACUAAAAGGCCCCUUCCUCAGUCGAAGUAUGAGAAGGUUGCAGCCAUCUCGAUUCAGGGGACAACUCAAAAUGAUUCUGGAAAUAGAGCUACCGAAGGUGUUAUAGAACGGGAUGUUAACGACCAAUGCAGAAGGUUGGAGCCUGCAGGAAUCGAUGUGGAUGAUGCUUUUAACCACGGCAAUCUGAAUGGCAGUGCAGAAGCCAAAGUGACUUGCAUGGGCAGUGGAAAUUUUUUAGGCGUUGCACCUUUGAACAAUUUAGAUCAUUUGUCACAUCAGCAAGUGGAUAAUGAGUUGGGAGAUUUGAGGGAUGAAGUGGCUCUAGUUGCAUCUCCAAAGAAUGCUCUUAUUAGGGCUGGUAGUGAAAAUUUGUUAGGUGUUGCACCUGAAAACAAUUUAGAUCAUGUGUCACAUCAGCAAGUGGACGAUGAGUUGGCGGAUUGGGGGGAUGAAGUGGUUUCUAGUGUACCUCCAAAGAGUGCUGUAAUGAGAAGGAAGUUGAGGAUGGUACUUGAUCUUGAGGAUGACUGAGACUGGAGUGUGGUCGAUCAGUUUUUCUCUUAUUUUUAAAGCUUUAUAAUUUUAAUAAAUUGCUUCUAUUACUAUAUAAUUAUGUAUAUUAUAUAUAGCAUUCA